AUGGCCUUGGCAGCAGUUAUAGUGGUAUCUGCUGCUUCUACUGACGUCUGGGAUCUUGCGGUGCUACACCUAAAUGGCCUCGCCACCACCGCUUGUCAAGUCUCGUUUGCAUGUUUCACUCCAUCCUCAGAAAACGAAACUUCCACUUCAUCUGGUUCUACUAUCACAGCCAAUGCAGAUCCCAGCGUCUCAACAACUGUUGGUGCCGACACUACAGACACUGACGGUGGCGAGGAGGAAAUGAAGCCUACAGGGGCAGCGGAGACCCUACAAACUAACGGUACAGAAAAUACCCUCCCCGGCCCCUCAAUUCCUAGUGUUCUCGAACAGCAGUUAGCAGCCGCAGCUUUCCAGCUUCCUCCACCACCACCGCCCCCACCUCAGCCCGAAGGUGUAAUUUGCAUCGCCCAUGCACUCGCUUCUGUGGCCGAUGACUACUCCAAAAAGCCCAAUGUCUUUCGGCUGCGAACUAAGGAUGGAUCGGAGUAUCUCUUGCAAGUCAAUGAUCCUAAGGAGCUUGAAUACUGGGUGGAUAAGAUCAACUAUGUGGCCGGUCUUCUCUCAUCACCUUCAUUGCCUUCCGCUGUGGGCUCUGAUCAAACCUUCCAUCGGCCAAUUUUACCUGCUGGUGUCACCCACCUCGGGGUGGUAAGUUCCGUCUUCUUUAUUUUGACUCGAAUUCAGUCAGAUCGCUGUGUCAUUGCCCCACGCAAUGCCCCCCUAAUUCAACAUUACGUUUGUUUCUAG